CUUCACUAACAUGCUGAAGAACAAACAGCCGAUGCCGGGGAACAUUCGAGCCACCAUGCAGCAGCAGCAGCUGGCCAGCGCCAGAAACAGACGCCUGGCCCAGCAGAUGGAGAACAGGCCUUCUGUCCAGGCUGCCCUCAAGCUCAAACAG